GCAAGCGGCGAUGGCGGCGGCGGCGGGAGCUGCAGCGGCGGCGGCCGCCGAGGGGGAGGCCCCCGCUGAGAUGGGGGCACUACUGCUGGAGAAGGAGCCCAGAGGAGCCACCGAGAGAGUUCAUGGCUCUUUGGGGGACACCCCUCAUAGUGAGGACACCCUGCCCAAGGCCAACCCCGACUCCCUGGAGCCUGCUGGCCCCUCAUCUCCGGCCUCUGUCACUGUUACUGUUGGUGAUGAGGGGGCUGACACCCCUGUAGGAGCCACACCACUCAUUGGGGAUGAACCCGAGAAUCUGGAGGGAGAUGGGGGCCGAAUCCUGCUGGGCCAUGCCACAAAAUCAUUCCCCUCAUCCCCCAGCAAGGGGGGUUCCUGUCCGAGUCGGGCCAAAAUGUCAAUGACAGGGGCAGGGAAAUCACCGCCAUCAGUCCAGAGUUUGGCUAUGAGGCUGCUAAGUAUGCCAGGGGCCCAGGGAACUGCAGCAGCAGGGCCUGAACCCCCUCCAACCACCAUUAGCCCAGAGGGACAGCCCAAGGUACACAGAGCCAGGAAAACCAUGUCCAAACCAGGAAACGGACAGCCCCCGGUCCCUGAGAAGCGGCCCCCUGAAGUGCAGCAUUUUCGUAUGAGUGAUGACGUGCACUCGCUGGGGAAGGUGACUUCAGAUGUGGCUAAAAGGAGGAAGCUGAACUCUGGAAGUGGCUUGUCAGAGGAAUUGGGUUGCCGGAGUUCAGGAGAAGUGACCCUGGAGAAGGGGAACUCCAGGUCCCUGGAAGAGUGGGAGACAGUGGUAGGCGACGACUUCAGUCUCUACUAUGAUUCCUACUCUGUGGAUGAGCGUGUAGACUCUGACAGCAAGUCUGAAGUGGAAGCUCUGGCUGAACAACUGAGUGAAGAGGAGGAAGAGGAGGAGGAGGAGGAAGAAGAAGAGGAGGAGGAGGAGGAGGAAGAGGAAGAAGAAGAAGAAGAUGAGGAAUCAGGCAAUCAGUCAGAUAGGAGUGGCUCCAGUGGCAGGCGCAAGGCCAAGAAGAAAUGGCGGAAGGACAGCCCAUGGGUGAAGCCAUCUCGGAAACGGCGGAAGCGGGAGCCUCCACGGGCCAAGGAACCACGAGGAGUGAAUGGUGUGGGCUCCUCAGGCCCCAGUGAGUACAUGGAGGUCCCUCUGGGGUCCCUGGAGCUGCCCAGCGAGGGGACCCUCUCCCCCAACCACGCUGGGGUGUCCAAUGACACAUCUUCACUGGAGACAGAGCGGGGCUUUGAGGAGCUGCCCCUCUGCAGCUGUCGCAUGGAAGCACCUAAGAUUGACCGAAUCAGUGAGAGAGCAGGGCACAAGUGCAUGGCCACCGAGAGUGUGGAUGGAGAGCUGUCUGGCUGCAAUGCUGCCAUCCUCAAGCGGGAGACCAUGAGGCCAUCCAGUCGUGUGGCACUAAUGGUGCUCUGUGAGACCCACCGUGCCCGCAUGGUCAAACACCACUGCUGCCCAGGCUGCGGCUACUUCUGUACGGCAGGCACCUUCCUUGAAUGUCACCCAGACUUCCGUGUGGCCCACCGCUUCCAUAAGGCCUGUGUGUCCCAGCUCAAUGGAAUGGUCUUCUGUCCCCACUGUGGGGAGGAUGCUUCUGAGGCCCAGGAGGUGACCAUUCCCCGGGGUGAUGGGGGAACUCCACCAGCUGGUACUGCAGCCCCGGCACCCCCACCCCUGGCCCAGGAUGCCCCAGGGAGAGCUGAUACUUCCCAGCCCAGUGCCCGGAUGCGAGGGCACGGGGAGCCCCGACGUCCACCCUGUGAUCCCCUGGCUGACACCAUCGACAGCUCAGGGCCUUCCCUGACCCUGCCCAGUGGGGGCUGCCUCUCGGCAGUGGGACUACCACCAGGGCCAGGUCGUGAGGCCCUGGAGAAGGCUCUGGUCAUCCAGGAAUCAGAGAGGCGGAAGAAGCUCCGAUUCCACCCGCGGCAAUUGUACCUGUCAGUGAAGCAGGGAGAGUUGCAGAAGGUGAUCCUGAUGCUGUUGGACAACCUGGACCCCAACUUCCAGAGUGACCAGCAGAGCAAGCGCACACCCCUACACGCAGCUGCCCAGAAGGGCUCCGUGGAGAUCUGCCAUGUGUUGCUGCAGGCUGGAGCCAACAUCAAUGCAGUGGACAAGCAGCAGCGGACACCACUGAUGGAGGCUGUGGUGAACAACCACCUGGAGGUGGCACGCUACAUGGUGCAGCGAGGUGGCUGUGUCUAUAGCAAGGAGGAAGAUGGCUCUACCUGCCUUCACCAUGCAGCCAAAAUUGGGAACUUAGAGAUGGUCAGCCUGCUGCUUAGCACAGGACAGGUGGAUGUCAAUGCCCAGGACAGUGGUGGGUGGACGCCUAUCAUCUGGGCUGCAGAACAUAAGCACAUUGACGUGAUCCGCAUGCUGCUGACACGAGGUGCUGAUGUUACCCUCACUGACAAUGAGGAAAACAUCUGUCUGCACUGGGCCUCCUUUACUGGCAGUGCUGCCAUUGCUGAGGUUCUCCUGAAUGCUCGCUGUGACCUCCAUGCUGUCAACUACCAUGGUGACACACCCUUGCACAUUGCAGCCCGGGAGAGCUACCACGAUUGCGUACUGUUGUUCCUGUCACGUGGAGCCAACCCUGAGCUGAGGAACAAGGAAGGGGACACAGCAUGGGACCUGACCCCUGAGCGCUCUGACGUGUGGUUUGCCCUCCAGCUCAACCGCAAACUCCGACUUGGAGUGGGAAACCGAGCUAUUCGCACUGAGAAGAUCAUCUGCCGGGAUGUAGCUCGGGGCUAUGAGAAUGUGCCCAUUCCCUGUGUCAAUGGUGUGGAUGGGGAACCCUGCCCUGAGGAUUAUAAGUACAUCUCAGAGAACUGUGAGACAUCCACCAUGAAUAUUGACCGCAACAUCACCCACCUGCAGCACUGCACAUGUGUGGACGACUGCUCCAGCUCCAACUGCCUGUGCGGUCAGCUCAGCAUCCGCUGCUGGUAUGACAAGGAUGGGCGGUUGCUCCAGGAAUUUAACAAGAUCGAGCCCCCCCUGAUCUUCGAGUGUAACCAAGCCUGCUCCUGCUGGAGAAACUGCAAGAACCGAGUGGUGCAGAGCGGCAUCAAGGUACGACUGCAGCUCUACCGAACAGCCAAGAUGGGCUGGGGGGUCCGCGCCUUGCAGACCAUCCCUCAGGGGACCUUCAUUUGCGAGUACGUUGGGGAACUGAUCUCUGAUGCUGAGGCUGAUGUGAGAGAGGAUGAUUCUUAUCUCUUCGAUUUAGACAACAAGGAUGGGGAAGUAUAUUGCAUUGAUGCCCGUUACUAUGGCAACAUCAGCCGCUUUAUCAAUCACCUGUGUGACCCCAACAUCAUCCCUGUCCGAGUCUUCAUGCUGCACCAAGACCUGCGAUUUCCGCGCAUCGCUUUCUUCAGUUCCCGAGACAUCCGGACUGGGGAGGAGCUAGGGUUUGAUUAUGGUGACCGCUUCUGGGACAUCAAAAGCAAAUAUUUCACCUGCCAGUGUGGCUCUGAGAAGUGUAAGCACUCAGCUGAGGCCAUCGCCCUGGAGCAGAGCCGCCUGGCCCGCCUGGACCCCCACCCUGAGCUGCUGCCCGAGCUUGGCUCCCUGCCCCCUGUCAACACCUGAAAAUGGACCACACCCUUGUCUCUCCCCUGCCCCAGUGACCAUCAGCUCAGCAGCUGCUUCUGCCACCUGCUGCUCACAGCCCAAGUGGCACUGCCACUUCCCUGCCCACUACCCUUCACACAUUCCUCAACCAGAGUCCCCAGCCAGGCCCUGGAGGUCUGACGGCCCCUCUCCCAGAGCUGGUUCCUCCCUGGGAGCAUGACUUCAGGACUGGCCACCCCCAUUUCCCACCCUCAGCUGAAGUUUGAUGAAUUGAAAUCUGGCCUCUAUGCCAACUGGGUUUUUUUGUUCUCAAUAAAUGUUGGGUUUGGU